GGGCCUUUCCCGAGCAUCAUCACUGCGCGCGGAGCAGCAGCUGCAGCACUGGGUGGCAUGGCGUUGUUUCACGUCGCGCGGUACCGGGGCCCCGAGACGGCCGGCCGGGAGGGGGCAGAAGCCGAGGCGGGCGGCCGGGCUCGUGCGCUGCUCGAGCGGCUCCAGAGCCGGGCCCGCGAGCGGCAGCAACAACGGGAGCUUGCGCCUGCCGAGGAGGCCGGCAGGGCAAGCGACAGAGAGUGGACGGUGGCGACGUGGACGUGGACGCAGACGCAGGGAGCAGCGAGGAGGCGCUCGACGAGCGCAGCGCGAGCCCCGAACCCCCGGCGGCCCCAGACAGUCGGCUCCCGGAGGCAGCGUCUGCGCCCCCGGGUCCUGGCCCGGUGCUGGGCGGCCUCGCGAGGAGGAAGGCACCGAAGGUCCAGCCUUUUCUGCCCGCGUGGUUGGCCAGCCCCAACUGUGUCAAGAAGAAUGUCACCAAGGACCUCGUUCCCAUCGAAGACAUCCCUGAGGUGCACCCUGACCUGCAGAAGCAGCUGAGGGCACAUGGCAUCUCAGCCUACUUCCCAGUCCAGGCAGCUGUGAUUCCCGCUCUCCUGGAGAGUGCAGCUGGUGGAUUUCUGGUUGGUAGAGGCGGCUGCCAGCCGAGUGAUCUCUGUGUUUCUGCUCCAACGGGCAGUGGAAAGACACUGGCCUUCGUCAUCCCCAUUGUACAGGCCCUGCUGCACAGAGUGGUCUGCCAUGUCCGUGCCCUGGUUGUGCUGCCCACCAAGGAGCUGGCCCAGCAGGUGAGCAAAGUGUUCAAUGUCUACACUGAUGCCACACCUUUGCAAGUUGCUCUGGUUACUGGGCAGAAGCCACUGGCCAGGGAGCAGGAGAGCCUCGUUCAGAAAACAGCAGACGGUUAUCGCUGCCUGGCUGACAUCGUGGUGGCCACGCCUGGCCGCCUGGUGGACCACAUCGACCAGACCCAGGGAUUCAACCUCCAGCAACUACGCUUUUUGGUUGUGGACGAGGCCGACCGCAUGAUAGAUAGCAUGCACCAAUCCUGGCUGCCCCGGGUGAUGGCAGCCGCCAUCCCCAGCAAUGGCCCUACAGAUCCCUGUACCAUGCUGCAGAGACGGCGGGCACAGGCCAUGACUGCUGCCAGUACCUGCUGUCCCCAGAUGCCCCUACAGAAGCUGCUCUUUUCGGCCACCCUGACCCAGAACCCCGAGAAGCUGCAGCGGCUUGGCCUAUUCCAGCCACGGCUCUUCUCCACACGACUGGCACAGAGGGCCCCCAAAGAUGAGGACACUGAGGUGGAUGGGGACCCCGAGGGAAAGUAUGCCUUCCCCACAGGGCUCACGCACCAUUAUGUGCCCUGCAACCUGAAUGCCAAGCCACUUGCUAUCAUCCACCUGGUCCUAGGGACGAACGUCUCCAGGGCCUUGUGCUUCACCAACUCCCGGGAGAAUGCCCACAGACUCUUCCUGCUUGUGCAAGCAUUUGGGGGCGUGAGUGCAGCAGAGUUCUCCUCCUGCUAUGGGCCUGGCCACAGGAGGAAGAUCUUGAAGCAGUUUGAGCAGGGCAAGAUCCAGCUCCUCAUCAGCACAGAUGCCACUGCCCGAGGUAUCGACGUGCCAGGCGUGGAGCUGGUGAUCAACUACGAUGCCCCUCAGUACCUGAGGACCUAUGUGCACAGGGUCGGGAGAACGGCACGAGCAGGCAAGACAGGGCGAGCUGUGACGUUGCUCCUAAAGGUGCAGGAGAGGAGGUUCCUCCGUAUGCUGGCGGAAGCUGGUGCACCUGAGCUGGCACGGCACGAGGUCCCCAGCAAGCUCCUGCAGCCAUUGGUUCCUCGGUACGAGGAAGCCUUGUCCCAGCUGGAAAGGACAGUCAAGGAGGAGCAGAAGCAGAAGGCAGCCUAGGCUGGGGACCAGUGGGACCCUCCUGCUGACGGAAGUCACCACCGCCUUGGGAAAGCACAAGCGCUGGGCACUGUGAGAGCAGAGGCAGCCACGCCUCCUACACCGGUCUCUGGAAAACCAAAGAUGGGUUGCCUGAGUGUGCUUUCCCAAGGGCUAGGGUCACUGUCCUGUUGUCUCCAGGGCAGGUGGCCUGAGGCACCCUGUGCACGUCAGUGCCUGGGGAAGGGGGUCUUGGAGACGAGCAGGAACCAGACCGAAAGGCACUCGGCUGUUCGUGAGGGUUGGUUCUGAAGUGCUUAUGUGGCACAUUAAAUUUUUAAGUUGCCUGAGAUGGUUUCAUUUGUGUGAAAACAAAACAAGCAGUGGUGCCUGGCCCGUGCCACAUGCGCAGCCCUUGAGCCUGGCCCUCGAAGCACUGUCCUCGGCCGAGCGCACACUAGCCCCGCUGGCACGGGCUUCAGCUCAGGGAAAGCCCCCUCCACUCCACCCAGGCCCCGGGGAUGCACUGCCUGCAUGUCCCCUGCUCCCUACCACCACUCAGAGAACUUCCCAGAUUGAGCUUCAGUCACUUCCUUCCCUGUGGGCUGGGCACUCCUUCCCACUGCAGUUCCAACCACCAGGGCUGGUUCCAGACAACUCACCAGCCUCCCUGCCCUCAGAGCACAUAGUUAAAAAGCUGGAUGGCUGGGUGUGGUGGUACAUGCCUGUAAUUCCAGCGCUAAGAAGGCCGAGGCAGGGAGAGCACAGCGAAUUCCGACCUCAGAAAAAACGGUCUCAGGGAAAAAAAAAAAAAA